CGGGGCACCGGGCUAGUCCCAGGCAGGUCCCAGGCCAAGCAAAAUUUUGCCAGGUCACAAACCAAACUGCCCCCAAAACGCUCUCUCUAGCAGUUGCCCUCUUCCCCGGUCGCCGGACGACGCCUUCCCGCCGCCGCCGCCGCUGCAGCGUCACAGGAAUAAUACACCCUCGGCCGCAGCUUAGCCGAUAGGCCACUGUCGGCCGCGGCGUAGCCGAUUAGCCCCUGGUCGGCCACACCGUAGCCGACUGGACCUGCUCGGCCGCAGCGAGGCCGACUGAAACUGAUCGGGCACGUGCAUUGCCUGGCUGGCUGCAGCUCGGGCAUGUGCACUGCCUAGUUAGCUGGCCGGCUUCAACUCACGCGCAGGAACUGCCUAGCUACCCGGCCGCAUGCAACGCGCGCAUGCAAAUGCCAUCGCCAAGGCCACACCAGUGACCGGCGCAUGUGUGUGCGUGCAUGUUCGUGGCCGUGGCGAGUGUGCCGGCCAAGUUAGAUACGUGCAUGUAUGGACAUCCAUCAGAUUGCAUGCACAUACGAGCGUGCUGUUGCUUGGCCCAGCUGCAUAGCUAGCUGUUUGUUUGACUCAGGUGUAGACCGAGUAAUCAGCUAGGAGAGAUGAUGCCAGCCGAAUAGUGUGGCCUGGCCGAAGGUUGUUAGUUGCGUAGCUGGAUGGAUCGUGGAGAGAUUCCAGCAGUUUGUUAGCAAGCGUCUGUGGCGACUUCGUCAAUUUUAAGAUGAUGUGCCGGCUCAGUAUCUCAGAGGUGCUCAUAAAGCGAAAGACACGUCGUCCCUAGGAGGGGCAGCGCCGCCGACACCGACGCCGACGCGGGGUUGAGCCGCCACCGCCAGGAUGCGGGGUCUGACGCGGGCGGGAAAGCGCGCCAGUGAGAUGGCCUUCAACGCCGGCGGUGGAACCAUCAACUGGUUCCCUGGCCACAUGGCUGCCGCCUCACGCGCCAUCCGCGACCGCCUCAAGCUUGCCGACCUCGUCAUCGAGGUCCGCGACGCCCGCGAUUACUUUCUUGCAACUGAUGAAACUUAUGAUCAGAUUCCGUUAUCCUCAGCAAACGAAGACCUUCAGCCGGUGCUUGCAGCUAAGAGGCGUAUCCUUGCUCUAAACAAGAAAGAUCUAGCGAAUCCCAAUAUAAUGAAUAUGUGGGUUGAUCAUUUUCAAUCAUGUAAGCAAGAUUGCAUCUCAUUAAAUGCACAUAGCAGCAACUCUAUUAAUCAGCUGCUUGGGCUUGUGGAGUUGAAACUAAGGGAAGCAAUCUUGAAAGAGCCCACACUUCUUGUUAUGGUAGUUGGAGUCCCCAAUGUUGGAAAGUCUGCACUCAUUAAUUCCAUUCAUAGAAUUGCCAAUUCUAGAUUUCCAGUGAACGAUAAGAUCAAGCGGGCUACAGUUGGACCUCUGCCUGGAGUUACACAAGACAUUGCAGGAUAUAAGAUUGCAAGCCAGCUGAGCAUUUACGUGCUUGAUACACCAGGUGUUCUAGUGCCAAGCAUUCCAGACAUGGAAACAGGUCUAAAGCUUGCUCUGACAGGAGCUGUCAAAGAUUUGGUGGUUGGAGAGGAGCGUAUAGCCAAAUAUUUAUUAUCUCUUCUUAAUAUUAGAAAAACUCCUCUACACUGGGGACGAUUGCUUCACAGAAGAGAAGAAUUUGAUGAAGAGCCAGAUGACAAUUGUGAAAAAGGGUCUAGUGGUUCACUGCGGAGGAGGCGGCAUUUUAACAAUUCUGAUGCCUUGUAUGUUCAGGACUUGGUGAUAGAGGUCCAGAGAACGCUGUGCAGUACAGCCAUGGAAUUCACAGGCAACCUCGAUGAAGAUAACGAGCUGGAAAGUCUAAUUGACUCACAGCUUGUUGCCCUUCGAAAGGUGUUCAGAAUACCCCACAAACCGCUUGAUGAAUCACAUGGCCCGGCAUCCAAGAAGUUAUUGACUCUUUUCAGAUCAGGGAAACUCGGCCCGUUCAUCCUCGACGACCUUCCUGACCAGCACUGAAGGGGAAGAUUCACUUGCCUUUGAAUGCCAGAUGAUUGCAACCUUCCAGGAAUAGCUUUGUUGUGAAGUAAUGCAAUGUGUCACAAUGUUCAGUACUACUCAUAGAUAACUAGAAGCAGACGUGUGCCUUGCUGUGCAGAUUCCCUUGUAAGGUUUUUCCGCUUGCCGCAUAUUUUGUGGUUGCCUAUGUGGACUGGCUGCUGUUUCUUGUUUUCCCUA